GCAGCCAUCUUGGGCCGCGUUGCUGCCGCCUCCGCCUCCUCCUCCUCCGCCGCCGGUUUCCUCGCCAGGCGCGGCUCUCGCGGGGAAGAAAAUGAUCCACAGUCUGUUUCUUAUAAAUUCUUCUGGGGACAUAUUCCUGGAGAAGCACUGGAAGAGCGUCGUCUGCCAAUCAGUGUGUGACUAUUUCUUUGAAGCUCAGGAAAGAGCAGCCGACGUGGAAAAUGUGCCUCCCGUCAUCCCCACCCCUCACCACUUCCUCAUCAGCAUCUACCGAGACAAAAUCUUUUUCGUGUCUGUCAUACAGACGGAAGUGCCACCGCUUUUUGUCAUUGAAUUCCUCCAUCGCGUAGCAGAUACUUUCCAGGAUUACUUUGGAGAAUGUUCUGAAACUGCCAUUAAAGACAAUGUUGUUAUUGUGUAUGAGCUUCUUGAAGAAAUGCUGGACAACGGUUUUCCCCUGGCAACAGAAUCCAAUAUACUGAAGGAACUCAUUAAACCACCCACAAUCCUGCGCUCAGUGGUCAAUUCCAUCACAGGUAGCAGCAACGUGGGGGACACACUUCCAACCGGUCAGCUGUCCAACAUUCCCUGGCGAAGAGCAGGUGUAAAGUACACAAAUAACGAGGCCUACUUCGAUGUGAUUGAAGAAAUCGAUGCCAUCAUAGACAAAUCUGGGUCCACGGUCUUUGCAGAAAUCCAAGGUGUCAUCGAUGCUUGCGUCAAGCUCUCAGGAAUGCCAGAUCUUUCACUUUCUUUCAUGAACCCAAGACUCCUGGAUGAUGUUAGCUUUCACCCUUGCAUUCGAUUCAAGCGCUGGGAAUCAGAAAGGGUCCUUUCCUUCAUUCCUCCUGAUGGGAACUUCAGGCUGAUUUCCUACAAAGUCAGCUCUCAAAACUUGGUGGCUAUUCCAGUGUAUGUGAAGCAUGCAAUUACUUUCAAAGAGAAUUCAUCUUCUGGAAGAUUUGAUGUUACCAUUGGGCCUAAACAGAACAUGGGGAAGACAAUUGAAGGAGUCAUCAUGACUGUUCAUAUGCCCAAAGCAGUACUCAACAUGAGCCUGGCACCCACCCAAGGCAGCUACACAUUCGAUCCUGUCACUAAGAUUUUGACAUGGGAUGUUGGCAAAAUCAUCCCUCAGAAGCUGCCUACUCUGAAAGGGAUGGUGAAUUUACAGACUGGAGCUCCAAAGCCAGAGGAAAACCCCAGUUUGAAUAUUCAAUUCAAGAUCCAACAAUUGGCUAUUUCUGGACUGAAAGUAAAUCGCCUUGACAUGUAUGGAGAAAAAUAUAAACCAUUUAAAGGUGUGAAGUACAUCACAAAGGCAGGGAAGUUCCAAGUACGAACAUGAAGCUCAAGAACUCUGUUUUUCUGGCAGAUGGUUGUGUGUAUGUGUGCGUGUGUGUUUCAGCCUCUGAGAAAAAUGAGUGUUAGUUACUUAAAUUCUUCUUAAAUGCCAAUUUUAGCCAUUCCUCUGAAUUAUAUCCAUUCCACAGAGUCCUAAUUUCCAGGUGUAGUAAUAGAAUUAAGUUGGUCUGUUUUUCCUACAUGGCUUUCAAAGAGAAAACGUUUUGUAAGUAGGGCUGGUUGUUUCUGGUGAACUUUGUGGAUUUUGGCUGUAGUGACCACCUGGGCUGCCCUUUGAACCAGCUAUUCCUAAACACCGCCACGCAAACCAUCAAAGCACAAGAAGGAAGAACCUGGAUUGGACAGAAAGGAAGCCCAAUCUGAAGCAGAGAAAGAAACAGCUAUUGCACGCCGUUUACGCCGUUUCUGAAAACAUCUCUGAGAAAGCCUUACCCUAAGCCCUUUUGACAAAAGACUUUUUAAUGGAACAAAAACAAACAAACAAAAAAGCCUUUUUCUGCAGGUUUUACACCACCCCUGCCUUUUUUAGUCAAAACUGCCUUAUCAGCUUGAGAAUUCAGCAGACAAUCUGUAGCCAAUGUUAAAAGAUUUUUUUUACCACAGUUUGCUUUGAAAAUGAAUGAAUGGGAUAUGGAACCUGAUUUGUUUCAAUUACCUCUGCAUUUACAGAUGUCAAAUCUCACACAUUUUAUUGUUUGUGCCCUUCACACCUCUGAGGUAGCUCCUCAGAGGUGGUGCUGCUUGUUUUCUGAUGAAAUAAAAGGGAACACAGCUGUACCAACA